AUUUCGUUAUCUAAAUAAAUAACUUCUAUUCGCUUUAUUUCUGCCGCGAACAAAUGAACCACAACGGCAGUACAGUUUGAAACAAUCGAGUGACUGGUGAACACGCGCGCUCACGCAGUAAACAUCUCAAACUCAAUCUCUCGCUCUCAUGCCGAAAGCCGAAACGACAUUGGUAAGGAAAAUAGGGGAAAAUAUAGCACCAACGCAGUCACUCCGUAAACUACAAGGCAGUGGGCGUUUGGUAUAUCCUGGCAAGUGCGAAGUGCCAUUCUUGACUUACAUUGAAGUGUUCUUAUCAGCCAGAGAGUAGUAGACACACGAGAUUUUUAUCUUCCUCCUUUCAACUCGUUAUCCAAUCAUUUAUCGAAUUAAAUUCCCGUAAUUGAAGUAGUGAUUUCAUUCAGAUUGAAGCAAAAAUCGGUUAACAAAUUACUAUAGAGAAGUCAAGUCUGAAGCAGGAAAAAAAAAUCGAUUUUUACUAUCGCAACUAGAACCCUCCGCGAAGUGCAGUAACAUUUACCUCAGCUGAUCUGCAGGAUACGUCGUGUAAGAGUUUAUUUUACCUAACACUUACCGUUGAAAAUGCAUCAUCUUAGAAGCAGAUGUACCACGUCGGUGCAAUUUUUCGCACAAAACUAUCAAACUGGUGUGCGAACUUCGGCGACGAUAAAUCAGUGCAACAAUAAUUACUCCACCCUCGCUAUUGCCAAUCGGAAUCAAUCUUAUCAUGCUCAGUGGGGAAUGUUCCCACAGGAAAGGUAUAAUCAAGGACAUUUGUGGGAAAAUCUAACUACUGCGAAUCUCUGCGAUGGUCAACGUCGAAAUAUUCAUGACUCUAGUGUGAUUCAAGUAUCUGUUUUACCAAAUAAAAUCUACAGCAAACGAGCGGCAUUUUACAAAGAUUAUGCUAACCAAGGCGCCAUCAUACCUGACUUUCAAUGUAGGAGACAUUUGUCAAUGGUCUUGAUACAACGGGAUUCUGAUAAGAAGCAUGCAGAGGAUUUACUCUUUGACAUGUUCAAAAAUGAAACCACUGGUCUGCUCAACAUCGGAAAGUUCCUGGCGGCUCUCCGUACAACAGGUAUCCGUAGAAACGAUCCACGCAUCAGUGAGAUGAUGGAGAACCUAAAGAAAGUACACAAGCUGAACAACUAUGACGGUGGAUCCCCAUUGACGCAAAAUCUCAACGCAGAAACAUUCAAGGCGGUAGUCGCUCCGAACAUUGUACUAAUUGCACGUGCUUUCCGGCAUCAGUUCGUCAUUCCCGACUUUCAGGGUUUUACAAAAGAUAUUGAAGAAAUCUAUUGGAAAUGUAAGAGCAAUACCGAUGGAAAGGUAGCCAGCUACAUACCUCAAUUGGCACGAGUAAAUCCAGAUUUCUGGGGUGUGAGCGUAUGUACAAUUGACGGUCAACGGUUCUCGAUUGGAGAUUCUAACGUUCCAUUCACAUUACAAAGUUGUAGCAAACCUUUAACGUAUGCUAUUGCACUCGAAAAGCUAGGAUCGGAUGUAGUUCAUCAGUACGUUGGACAGGAGCCGAGUGGUCGGAAUUUCAACGAAUUAGUUUUAGAUUACAAUAAGAAACCUCACAAUCCCAUGAUCAAUGCUGGAUCCAUUCUUACCUGUUCGCUGUUGAAAACAUUAGUGCAUCCAGAGAUGACACUCGCAGAGAAGUUUGACUAUACCCAGAAUUGGUUUAGUCGAAUGGCUGGUAACGAACCGCUAGGAUUCAACAAUGCAGUAUUCCUAUCCGAAAGAGAAGCGGCAGACCGUAAUUAUGCACUUGGUUUCUAUAUGCGUGAGCAUAAGUGCUAUCCGGAUAAAACUAACCUGCGAGAAUGUAUGGAUUUCUAUUUCCAAUGCUGCUCAAUGGAAGCCACUUGUGAAUCACUUUCAAUCAUGGGUGCGACCCUAGCUAAUGGUGGUAUAUGUCCACUAACGGAGGAAAAAGUACUCCAGUCGGAGAAUGUGCGGGAUGUCCUAUCUCUGAUGCAUUCCUGUGGAAUGUAUGAUUUUUCUGGACAAUUUGCAUUCAAGGUCGGUCUUCCUGCGAAAUCCGGUGUGUGUGGAGGUGUUAUGCUAGUCAUCCCAAAUGUCAUGGGAAUCUUUAUGUGGUCGCCACCAUUGGAUCCACUCGGAAAUAGCUGUCGAGGAGUCCAGUUCUGCGAGGAGUUAGUGAACAUCUUCAACUUUCAUUUGUAUGACAAUUUGAAACAUGGUUCAAAUAAGAAGGAUCCUCGUCGUCAUCGUUAUGAAACCAAAGGUUUAUCCGUCGUUAAUCUGCUGUUUUCUGCGGCUAGUGGAGAUGUGACAGCACUCAGAAGGCACAAGCUUUCGGGAAUGGAUAUUACAUUGUCGGAUUAUGAUGGUCGAACAGCGCUUCACUUGGCGUGUUCCGAAGGACAUUUGGAAUGCGUUAAAUUCCUAAUUGAGCAUUGCGGUGUUUCACAUAAUGUUAAGGAUCGCUGGGGAAACAGUCCAUUGGAUGAAGCUGAAACAUUUGGCCACAUAGAAGUAUCAGAGUAUUUGAAAGAGUGGGACGAAAAGGUAGAGCUGGCGAAGAAGAUGGGAAAUGAAACAGGAUACAGUUCUGAUCAGGAUAGCGUGAAAAGUGAACUUUCUACUUCGAGUGAAGCAAUUGAUAACAAUCCUACAGAUAUCUUGAAAUAAAUCGUCAUCGUUCGCUAUUCAGAUAAAUGUACCUAAUAAAAUAAGUUACUGCUAAGGGUAAUUGUAAUUGUUCUCAUUGUUGAAUAACUUUAACUGUUAUUUUGAGAGAAUUAAGUUCCAAAUAGGAACAUCAAUAAUUAUGGACUAUCAUGUCGACAAUAAUUCAAUUGCAACUCUGUAGCUUAUUUUAGAGCAUAUAUUUAUAGCUUAAUUCAAUUUCAAAUGUCUCUUGUUUUUAUUAUGGCUAGGUUUAGUGAAAAAAAUGUGUUAAUUUUUUUUUAUAAAAAUUGAUCUAUAGAAAUGCAAGUGAUAAAAUACUUAACGAAUGGAAUACCGAGACAAUAAUAUACAAAUAUUAAGCACAAAAUUGUUACCAUUACAAUACAUAUUGAUGUAUCUACUUAUAAUUUGGCAAGUGUCAAUUAUUAUGAUCUAAGACAAAUAUAUCGCUCCUGUCAAAUUUCACAUUUUCCCAUUUUUUCGGCUAAAAGCAUACAAAAUCCAAAUAAUGUCAUUUUCGAAGGCCGUACAUUAAUCUAGCGGUGGACUGACAAAACAUUGAGUUCAGGCAUACAAUAUGUAUUAGAAAUCAAAAGCAAAGUGAAAAUUUCGGCGAUUUUUAUGUUGAGUUGGGACAGUUUUGCAUGAACUCGACAAUAUUGUGAUUGUUAUGUAUAUUCAAUGUAAUUGUCAAACACUGUGCAAAAUCAAAA